GCCGGACGGGCGGGCGAGUGGGCGCGCGGGCGGGGUCUCGGCGCGGGCGCCCUCCCGGCCGGCGGCGGCAGCCACUCCCCGAGGUCUGCAGGACCCCCCGAGGACCCCCGGUGCCGGCGGCGGCGGCCAGCCUGGCUGCACCUGGAACCAUGAGCGAGGCCCGCAGGGACAGCACGAGCAGCCUGCAGCGCAAGAAGCCGCCCUGGCUGAAGCUGGACAUUCCAGCUGCGGCACCCCCAGCGGCUGAGGAACCCAACUUCCUGCAGGUAGGCCCUGGCCAGCUGGGGCUCUGGGUACAUCCUGCCCAGCCCCCUGACCACCACCCUGUUGCCCAGCCCCUGAGACGCCAGGCUUUCCUGCGGAGUGUGAGUAUGCCGGCCGAGACAGCCCACAUCCCUUCUCCAUAUCAUGAGCCCCGUCGGCCAGUGCUGCAGCGUCAGACGUCCAUCACACAGACAAUCCGCAGGGGCACAGCUGACUGGUUCGGAGUGAGCAAGGACAGUGAUAGCACCCAGAAGUGGCAACGCAAGAGCAUCCGUCACUGCAGCCAGCGCUAUGGAAAGCUGAAGCCCCAGGUCAUCCGGGAGCUAGACCUGCCUAGCCAGGACAAUGUGUCACUGACCAGCACUGAGACGCCUCCUCCACUCUAUGUGGGGCCGUGCCAGCUGGGCAUGCAAAAGAUCAUAGAUCCCCUGGCCCGGGGCCGGGCCUUCCGCAUGGCGGAUGACACCGCGGACGGCCUGAGUACCCCGCACACGCCCAUCACGCCGGGUGCUGCCUCCCUCUGCUCCUUCUCCAGCUCCCGCUCGGGUUUCAACCGGCUUCCACGGCGGCGCAAGCGUGAGUCUGUGGCCAAGAUGAGCUUCCGGGCCGCUGCAGCGCUGGUGAAGGGCCGCUCAGUUAGGGAUGGCACGUUGCGCCGGGUGCAGCGCCGAAGCUUCACUCCCGCCAGCUUCCUGGAGGAGGACACCGCUGACUUCCCCGAUGAGCUGGACACGUCCUUCUUCGCCCGGGAAGGAGUCCUUCACGAGGAGCUGUCCACAUACCCAGACGAGGUGUUCGAGUCCCUGUCGGAGGCAGCGCUCAAAGACUGGGAGAAAGCCCCGGACCAGGCGGACCUCACGGGUGGGGCCCUGGACCGCACGGAGCUGGAGCGCAGCCACCUGAUGCUGCCCCUGGAACGCGGCUGGCGCAAGCAGAAAGAGGGUGGCGCCGCAGCCCCGCAGCCCAAGGUACGGCUGCGGCAGGAGGUGGUGAGCGCGGCGGGGCAGCGGCGGGGCCAGCGCAUCGCGAUGCCGGUGCGCAAGUUCUUCGCCAGGGAGAAGCGGCCUUACGGGCUGGGCAUGGUGGGCCGGCUAACCAACCGCACCUACCGCAAGCGUAUCGAUAGCUACGUCAAACGCCAGAUCGAGGACAUGGAUGACCACAGGCCCUUCUUCACCUACUGGCUCACCUUCGUGCACUCGCUCGUCACCAUUCUAGCCGUGUGCAUCUAUGGCAUCGCGCCUGUGGGCUUCUCGCAGCAUGAGACCGUGGACUCGGUGCUGCGGAACCGCGGGGUCUAUGAGAAUGUCAAGUACGUGCAGCAAGAGAACUUCUGGAUUGGGCCCAGCUCGGAGGCUCUCAUUCACCUGGGUGCCAAGUUCUCGCCCUGCAUGCGCCAGGACCCCCAGGUGCAUAGUUUCAUCCGCGCCGCCCGGGAGCGUGAGAAGCACUCCGCUUGCUGCGUUCGCAACGACCGGUCAGGCUGCGUGCAGACCUCGGAGGAGGAGUGCUCGUCCACGCUGGCGGUGUGGGUGAAGUGGCCUCUUCAUCCCAGUGCCCCAGACCUUGCUGGCCAGAAGAGGCAGUUCGGUUCUGUCUGCCACCAGGACCCCAGGGUGUGUGAUGAGCCCUCCUCUGAGGACCCCCAUGAGUGGCCAGAUGACAUCACCAAGUGGCCGAUCUGCACCAAAAACAGCGCUGGGAACCACACCAACCACCCUCACAUGGACUGUGUCAUCACAGGCCGGCCCUGCUGCAUUGGCACCAAGGGCAGGUGUGAGAUCACCUCCCGGGAGUACUGUGACUUCAUGAGGGGCUAUUUCCACGAGGAGGCCACACUCUGCUCUCAGGUGCACUGCAUGGAUGACGUGUGCGGGCUCCUGCCCUUCCUCAACCCCGAGGUGCCCGACCAGUUCUACCGCCUGUGGCUGUCCCUCUUCUUACACGCUGGCAUCCUGCACUGCCUGGUGUCCGUCUGCUUCCAGAUGACCGUCCUGCGUGACCUGGAGAAGCUGGCCGGCUGGCACCGAAUAGCCAUCAUUUACCUGCUGAGUGGCGUCACCGGUAACCUAGCCAGUGCCAUUUUCCUGCCGUACCGGGCAGAGGUAAGGCUGCCCCCAGGGUCCCUGUCCAGCACUGAGGAUGGGUCCCAGCCCGGGAGCAUCUUCACUCGGCCCCUCAAUCCUGCAGUGCUCUGGGCCAUGGGAGGCGGGAGGGGUUAUGAGGCUAUGGGGCCGGGGGUCCCGCUCAGCCUGCACUGCCCGCCCCCCAGGUGGGCCCGGCCGGCUCGCAGUUCGGCAUCCUGGCAUGCCUCUUCGUGGAGCUCUUCCAGAGCUGGCAGAUCCUGGCCCGGCCCUGGCGCGCCUUCUUCAAGCUGCUGGCGGUGGUGCUCUUCCUCUUCACGUUCGGGCUGCUGCCCUGGAUCGACAACUUCGCCCACAUCUCAGGCUUUGUCAGCGGCCUCUUCCUGUCCUUUGCCUUUCUGCCCUACAUCAGCUUCGGCCGGUUCGACCUGUACCGCAAGCGCUGCCAGAUCCUCAUCUUCCAGGCGGUGUUCCUGGGCCUCCUGGCUGGCCUGGUGGUGCUCUUCUACGUCUACCCUGUGCGCUGUGAGUGGUGUGAGUUCCUCACCUGCAUCCCCUUCACUGACAAGUUCUGCGAGAAGUACGAGCUGGAUGCCCAGCUCCACUGAGCUGCUGGGGCGCUGGGGCCACCUGCUGCCGCGGGCCGGAGCCGGGCGGGUGGGCCGUCUACCCCGAGCCUAGCGGUCCACGGACGGGGCUGCCUGAGCCGUGUGGGGUCCGUAGGUCACAGAUGGGGCUGCCUAAGCCCUGUGUGGGGUCUGCCUGCGUCUCGGACACAGACCUUGUGUGCCUUGUUCGCUGCUGUCGAACCUCUCGUACUUCCGGGCAUUUAUUACACUAGUUCCUGUGAUUCCCUUCUAACUAGUCUCUUGACGACCACCUCAUGUGGCCAAUAAAUGGACUGGGAGCGUUUUAGCUGCCACUAACUUGACCA